AUGACGCAGAUUCAAGAAGUGCUCCUGAGGGGGAAGUCUGGAAGUGAUACCGCUGAGUAUGAUCCUUCGAAGUCUGUUGUGGAGUUUCCAAAGUUGAAAGAGAAUUCAGCGGAGUCAGGAGCCAUCGACUUUCAGGACUGGCUUUACUUGGUGGAGCAGCAGGUUGGAAGCCUUGCUUCUGGCGCGUCGUCUUGGUGGUCAGGUCUUCUGGCUGCCGCUAUGAAGGCCUAUGGGGUCUAUCAGGCUUCUACUCCAAUCCAGAGGCUGACAGUUAAAGCCGAGUUGCCCCCCGAGUUGGAUGAUCCGAAGUAUCUCAAGCUGGAGAAACGCGUUGCGGCCCUUUUGGUUGCGGCACUGCCCCAAGCCAUGAGAGAUGAGAUGGUUUCCUAUCGGGUGCAACGUGUGCACCAGCAGUUGUUUCGAUUGUUGGUGUGUUACCAGCCUGGUGGCAGCUCAGACAGGGCCUUGGUUUUGGCGCAGUUGGAGCCGAAGGACGGGCCGAAUGAUGUGACAGAGGUUGUUGCUGCUCUUCGGAGGUGGUUUCGAUGGCUUCAGCGUGCUCGUGACCUUCAGCUGUCGUUGCCGGAUCCAUCAGUGCAAAUCAAGGCGCUGUCCUCUAUCGUGAGGAAGAUCUCUGAGAAAAAUCAUGAUCUGCAAUUUAAGAUAGCCUUGGCGAGAACAGAGCUUCGCACCGAGAGCAGGCCCACUCAAGAGACCGCGUUGAAGUUCUUCCAACACUUGUUGGCCGAGGUGGAGCAGCUUGGACAUACUAAGAGCCGGAGCAAUGUGAACAGUACAUCAGCUACCACAGCGAGCUCUACUACCACGGCGGGGGAUGAUGUUCAAGCCAGAGCUCGUGCGGCUCAGGUCCAACCAAAGGGCAGCUCACCUUCGGCCCCCAAGGACGGCAAGGGCGAUGGGAAGGGGUCGUGCAAGUGGUUUGUAUCGGAUCAAGGUUGUAGCCGAGGGAGAUCUUGUCGAUUUCUUCAUGAUUGGUCUCAAGUGGUGAAGUCUGAAAGGUGCCUGGUUUGCGGAAGCAAGAUGCACAAGGUGAAAGAUUGCCCAAGGAGAGAGCUCGAGCCGGCGAAUGAUAGCCCUAGCCCAAAGGGGCUGAACAAGAAGGAGCUUAAAGCCUUGGCUACGGUGUGCUCGGGUGGACCUGCUCCUACCACGGCUACGGCAAAGAGUCCACCUCCUCUACCACCUCCAGCUACGGCACCAAUGUCUGUGGCAGCUAUGGCGGCAGCUGAUCCUCCCAUUCAUCCUGAAGUCUCCAAUGAUUCGCUCAAGGAGGUGUUGGCUGAGACAACCAAGGUGCUAAAGGCUUUGACCUCUACUUCUUCGGGCUCUCUCACCACCGGUGCUCAACCUCCUCCUGCUGUGCAAGACCCUUUGCAAAUGUUGGCUCGGAGAUUGCAGAAGUUCACUUUGAGCAGCCUCGGGGAGAAGAUGGCUCUCCUGGAUUCUGGUGCUAGUCAUGCCUAUCGAAGGGCAGCUGAUCGUGAAGAGCAGGAGCGAGCUCAACCGGUAAGUGUGAAACUUGCCGAGGGCGAGACUACGUUGUUGCAGACAAAAUCUGGAACGCUCUUGGGGGAUGCUUCAGCGGAGACGUUGGUCCCAUUGGGGCAACUUGUCCAAAUUCUUGGGUGCACUGUGCGAUGGUCCAAGAACCGCCUCAUCGUGAAUCAUCCAAUUCAUGGACGGCUGAAAGUUCAAGUUCGGGACUACUGCCCACAGAUGGCCGAGCAUGAGGCGCUCCGCCUUAUUAGCGAGCUCGAGGAGAAGCGGUUGAUGGAGAUGAACCAUACGGUUAAGGCCUUGGAGAUGAGAGUGGCUCAGAGCGAACAUGUUAUGGAGUGGUUCGAGUAUGUUCAGAGCUAUGUCACCACUGGAAAGCGCGUGGAGCUGCUGGGAGCUCUCACUAAGGCCCCGUUCCUCAAGGACGUCUCCUUGGAUACGAUUGCCACGGCAGCAGAGGACAUUCCCCUGCGUGACGUGGAUGGAUGGAAGCUUCUCAAGUCUAUGCCAUGGUCCAGAAGGAAGCGAAGGUCGCUGUAUCGAUCCAACGAUUGGAAUGUGCAUCUUUUCUCUGGACCUUCGAGGCCAACGAGUACGACAUCUACUACUUCCAGGUUGUCUGUUACUGAGGCCUCGGGUGUCAACGUUGAGGUCGAUAUCUUGGAUUCGGCUUUGAUGGAUGUGACCAGGAUGGACGGCGUCUUCAAGGUUCUUCUAUGGGGAGCGGCUCGUGGAAAGAUCAGGACUUUGAUCGGAGGCCCACCGAGAAGAUCUUAUUUGGUCGAUGAUGAUGAAAAGAGGACCAAGGAGGAGCCGCUUGUGAUCAGGAUGUUGGUCUUGGCAAUGGUGGCUAUGGAAGGACGACGCCAGCAUCGCAGCGAUCGGCUGGGUUUUGCUUUGGAGCAUCCGGACAAGGUCGUAGCCCAGGGAAAUGUUUGGUCAAGCUCUUUGUGGAAAGGCUUUUCGGAGGUGUAUGGAAUGGAGGUGGUUCAGUCAGGACGCGGCUCUACGGGAACAAAUAUGUACCUGGAGGCCUUGAACUCUCUAACAUCAACUACCACGACUUCUGGAGUUUGGGCCAGUGAGUAUGCGCAGGCGAUUGGUGAAGCCGUUAAUGCCUGGACGGGUUUUUCAGUGCAUGAGUCGGUGCUUUGCUCUGUAGCUGCAGGUUCACCCCCAAUAUCAUGUAAGAUGACUGCGAAGGAGUGGCAACUACACGUGAGCCGGGACCACAUUCCAUUUCGCAAGGAUUGCAAGCAUUGUGUUCAGUCAGCAGCAGGACGACCUCAUCGCCGCGUGACUCAUAAAUCUGCUUAUGUUCUCUCUGCAGAUGUAGCUGGACCGUUCCGGGUCAAGGGGGUGAAUACCGAGACCAAUCAGCAUCGCUUUAUGCUGGUAUGCGCUUACCAGUUUCCUAAGCUUCCUGGAACCCCAGAUGCUCAGCAUGAGUCUGUUGAUGAUGAUACUGGUGCGGGCGCGGGCCUCGAGGAGUUGCUCUUCGAGGAGGAGGGCGGUGAUGAUAAGCAUGAGAUCAUUGAGGAGAGUGGCGCUGAUAAGCAUGUGAUCAUUGAGAAGGAUGGCGGUGCUCAAGCUGAUGAUGCGAGUGGCCUUAGUCCUGAAGAGGAGGCUGCAAAAGCAUUUGAGCCGCUGGAGUUUGCUGUGGCUUAUUUCGUGCGACCACUCAGAUCCAGAAAAUCCACUGAGGUCCUUCGUGCCUUACAAGAAGUGUAUAUCGAUGUGAAAAUGCUGGGACUACCUGUAAGUCGACUUCAUUCGGACCGUGCGAGAGAAUUUCGCACGCCUGCGGUCUCAGCUUGGGCCGCGUCGAGAGACAUUCUCGUGACAAGGUCCGAAGGUGAUGCGCCAGCGCAGAACGGCACUGCGGAACAAGCGGUGAAAUAUCUGAAGUCUCGAACUCGGAUCUUGCUUGCAUCGGCGCAGGACUCAAGUGGAAGGGACAUCAAAGAAGUGAAGACGUGGUGGCCGAUGGCCGCUGAGACGGCAGCUGUGCGUCAGAGAUCUUUGGUGUUCGGUCUCGAGUCAAAUCCCCCGGCAGGCUUUGGAACCAAGGUUUUCGUGAAAAGAAAGAGAUAUGGUGCUGAGGCUCGUGAUCUUGAUCCUAAGUGGAGCAGCGCGGUCUACUUGGGGCCAGCGAGGGAUGUUCCUGCGGGUCAUGUUGUUCUAACUGACGACAAUCAUCUGUGGAACACCUGCAAUGUCCGACAGCUACCUGAUGUUCCCAUGGAGCCGGAUCCCUCAACCUUGGCAGCUAGAAGGAGAAUCUCCGGAAAAAGGCCGCCAGUCGCACCUAUACCUUUGAAGGCUUUGAGGAGUUCUUCUUUGUCAAAGGGGAAGCAAGAAGAGCGCGAUGAUCUCCUUGUUGAGUCCCUCCCGGUGUCUGAGAUUAAGUCGGUUGCGAAGGUUGAAUAUCUUCCCAAGGGCGAUGUGAUGAAGCCUUUGGCCCAGGUGUCCCAUGAGAAGCAGUGGUAUGCCUUGGAGGACUGCUUCGCAAUUCUUGAGGAUACUCCUUUCAAGAAGCCAUCUAAGACUAGGAACACAGAGGCUUGGGGAGAUCCUGGGCCAGAUGUUUAUGUAACCUUUGGUGCCUACCAGCAUGGCAACUUCACUGGCGUGACCAACGCCACGCGGGACUAUCCGGAGCUGGUGCAGUACCUGACGGCGUUCAUCCGGAGACACUCAGGAGAGAGCGAUCCUUUCACAAGCGUGGUUGUGGCCAGAAAUUUGGAAACUGGGCUGCACCGCGAUCGCUAUAACGUGAAUGGCAUGAGGAACAUAGUCAUUUCGUGCGGAGCCUAUGAGCAGGGUGGAUUGUGGGUCGAAGGAUUCCAUGAUGGCUUGGAGUCAAUGUCCUUGACCCUUCCCGAUGGGCAGAAAGUUGACGGCUCUGUUGUGCCUACUGAAAAUCAGGUGGUGAAGUUCAAUCCGAGGCGACUCCACAAGAGUCUCCCAUGGAAGGGCACGAAGUGGACCAUCAUUGCCUAUGUGAAUCGUGGAUUUGCUCGUCUACCAGAAGCAAAGGUGCAAGAGCUGCGGGAUUGCGGCUUCCUUGUUCCUCGGUGUGAAGAAACUACGUUGAGCCAGCUACGCCUUCAGGAGGAGCAUGUGGAGUUUGAUUAUUGCGAGACCUCUGAUGAGGAGGAGCAUUUCGUGCAAAGCGUGGCUGCAGAAUCGAGUCUUGUUAACGUGAGGAAGCUCCUUGAUGAAGAGGAGAAGAUAGAGUCCAUUGGUCCUGGCAUCUUAGACCAGGAGGAGCGGGACGCAAUCGCCCGCGUGAAUGUCAAGGCGAUGCAUCUCUGUGAAGCACUAGAGGCAGCUGAGGCCAAUCGAUGUGACGAUGCAGGUGAUCUGGACAGUCUUAAAUGGUUCCGGUUGUGUCGGCUUGUUGAAAGUGGAGAACAACAUGGAGUUGAAGAGCUGUUGAGAAAUCUGAAUGCUCCCUUGCAGGUUGUGUACACUCUGACGCUUGGGGAGGUCCGGGAGAAUGUUACGGCUUGGAAAAAGGCGAUUUGGAAGGAGGUUCAGGCGUUGAUCAAUUGUGGGGCCUUGGUUAAGCUGGACGCGGCCGAAGAAGACCGCCUUCAGCGCGAGGGCAAGCUAGUGAUCUUACCGGCCAAGGGCGUCUUUACUGUCAAGCCCCCCGACCUUCAAGCAGCUGCGGAGGCAAUCCAGUCAAAGCCGCAGGACCAGCUAGAGUUCCCAGACGGUGUCCAGUCAGCAAAGAGCUCUCAUAGGUCGGGUUCGAUUCCAGUUGAUGCCCUAUACAAGCGUAAAGCAAGACUGGUCAUUUGUGGCAAUUUCGAGAAGAAUAUCAGUGAGGAGUUGUAUGCCGGAGGUUGCCAAACGGAAUCCCUGAGGAUUAUGGUUUCCCACGCUUCAUCCAAGCCAUUAUGGGACGCAGCGGUGACAGACAUUCGGAACGCCUUUGUGUUAGCUCCGAUGUGCACUGAUGCUACGUAUGGGCUGCGGUUUCCGAAAGUGUUUCUUCUCGCUUUGGGUCCAGAAUGGGAUUGGCUUUACCGUGUAGAUCGGGCCCUUUACGGCUUCAGACGCUCUCCACGCCUUUGGGGCCUAUUUCGAGAUGCUAGGUUCAAGAAAGCCAGGAUCACACUUCAGAGCCUUGUUGGAAAUCGUGUGGCGGUUCUCAGAAGGUUGGUUGCUGAUGAGAAUAUCUGGCAGGUCGUUGUUCUAAAAGAGGGCAGCGAGGAGCCAGAUUUUGUGGCCGCCUACAUUGUGGUCUAUGUUGACGACAUCUUGUAUCUCGGAGAGCCAAGCACGAUUUCAGAUGUUCAUGCGUGGUUGAGCGCUGAGUGGACCUCCAGUCCUUUGACAUGGGCGUCUGAUGUGGAUGGUAUAAGGUUUCUCGGUUUGGAAAUCUAUAAGUCCAAAGUGGGAUAUAAGAUGUGCCAGUUUGGUUACUUGCGUGAGCUCCUACGUCAUCAUGAUCUAACGAAUGGCCCCGGUGCUAGAACUCCAUGUCCGAGAGAGUGGCUCAUCGGCGAGGGCGAAGUGGAGCAGGCUGUGUAUGAUGAAGUGAGCUUGAGAAAGGCCCAGCAGAUGACAGGUGAGCUGUUGUGGCUUAGUACGAAGUCGAGACCAGACCUCAUGCAUUCGGUUUCCAGCAUGAGCUCUCUUUGUUUGCGAGAUCCAAUCCUGGUUGAAAGAAUCGGGAAGCGGGUUCUUGCCUACUUGUUUGCUACUUCGCAGCUAUCUCUUAUGUUCUUCGGAAGCAGUGAUGAGCCGGAACACUCUGUUGUGGCCUACUCGGAUGCCUCUUUCAGCCCAUCAGGCGGAAGGUCUAUUGGCUGCUCUCUGAUCACCUACAAUGGCAAUGCAGUGGCUUGGCGCUCCGGGCGCCAGAGCCUGAUAGCACUGAGCACGGCAGAGAGCGAGUUGAUAGAAGCGGUUGCAGCGGUUCAGCUUCAGGCAGGAAUUUCAUCAUUGACGUCAGAGAUCAACGCUUCCGAGAUUCAUCUUCUGUUGCUUGUUGACAACAGUGCAGCUGUUGGCUUGUGCACCGAUGCACCAGGCACAUGGCGCACGAGACACUUGCGCGUCCGUGCAGAACAGAGCAGCGGCACCUUUGUCAGCUUUGCAACAGAGGCUGAUGACGAUGGGGAGUUGAAGAUGCAAAAGGACGAGCUCUCCGAGGAAAGGCCAUCCGGGCCGCAGACUGGUUGGUGCGUGGGCUAUGCGCUCUGCCAUCUCCCCUUUGCCCUGGUCCUUGUUGCGUGGUUCGCCUUCGGCUGCCUUGCAUGGUCCGAGUUGGUUGGAGAGCUUGGUGUGCGUCGCGUUGGCUGGAGAGUGGCAGGCACGAAGUUCGUGGUCUGUGUCUUCGAGGGGUUGGCGGCGCUGCUUUCCCUGCUGAAGAGCCAUGAUGCGAGCAGCAUUAUGGAGGCGGUAAAGGCCGUGAUCUGCGUCAGCCGAUACCGGCGGAAGAAGGAGGACAGCCAAGUGUCGGAAAAUGGAACGGCGAACCACGGUGAGGCCAAGACCGAAGAUGCGGAUGCCAACGGCGAAACGCCCGACGAGGAAAGAGACGACGACGCCGAGGCGCAAGAAGACGGGGAAGAGGAAGGGGAGGAGGCGGACGAAGAGGUGGGGGCUUUGAAGGAACGAGAGGCUGAAGAUCAGCCGGAGGAAGUGACCCAAGAGCCCGGCGAAGAGGUGGCUGGAGAAGGCGAGCAAGAGGGAGCCGAGGAGGAGGAGGCGUGCGAGAGCGACCCGGAUGCCAUGGAGGUGGCUGACGACGGGGACGAGGACGCUGUCCAGGCAUUGCCGGUCGGCAUCGCAGAUGCCAGCGGCCCGGUCGACGGAGAGGAGGAGGAAUGCCUCGAUGAAGAAGCCAUGGAGGAUGAUGGGGAUGUGUGCGACAUCCAGGAGAUCGAAGCGAUGUUCUUGGCGGAUCUGGAGGACGAUGAUGACGAUCAUGUGGCAGAGGUGGCCUCGGUCUCGGCCCCCGCCGGGGAGGGAGCAAAGGAAUCCUUCCUGGGCGAGGUGGAGAGUGACGUGGGGCCUGUGGCAGCAGCCGCUCGCACCCAGGUGCCUCCUUGGAACCAGCCUCUACCUGCAGAGGAGGCAGAAGCCGUGAGUAGUGAAUCCGACGAGGCCACGGAUGAGGAUGAAGAGGAGAUCAACUUGUCGCAGUAUGAGAUCUCCGAUGACGAUGAUGAGAACUUGGAGCCGCCCGUGGACAUCAGCGACGCGGAGUCAGAUCUGUUGGACUUCGACGACCUAGGCGAUGACGACUGGCAGGACGAUGAUGAUUGGAAGAACUACGAGGAUGAAAGUGAAGAUGACCAGGAAGAUCCGGGGCCCUUGAAGCACGGCUUUACCACCUGGCUCGCCUGUCUGGACGAGGAGCUACCGCUUCAGCUCGCUCGUCCGCAGGCUGCCAAAAGCCUGCGGGAGAGACUUCUCACGGAGCUGCGGGAGCAGGACGGAAAGGAGCGCUUGGAUCGACACCUCUCAGUGCAGUGGGAGCACUCUCUCGUGUUCGACGACUGCCCCCCGCUCCUUGGAUUCACGUCGUACCAGGAUGCUCUAUGUCUCCUCCGCUGCCCUGCGCUCAAGGACUUGAGAUUGGUACUGGCCUGGAGCGAAAAGCCUGAAGAGGCGGAUGGGGAGAAAGGACCGGAGCAGGCACCGGCUGCGACGCCGUCGCAGCCGAGAUGGAAGACCAUCCCGCCUAGGGAAGAUCGUAUGCCCAAGCAUAUCCCACCGCGGGAGCGGUCGAGGUCGAGAGACCGACAGUCUCUGGGCUAUUUCUCCCAGCCUCCAUACAGAGAAGCCGACGAUCGGAAAACAAAGGCUGACUAUAGGCACGUUCACACCGACCAGUGGUGGACGAAAGAGUUCCUGUCGAUUCCACAAGAGAAUCCGAAGGUCGCCUUUGACAGAGAAGGGGUGUUGGUGGUCUACAAGCCUGCCUUCUGGACUGUGACCACCUGCGCGGCCCGUGAUCGCGUGUCCACGCGCUAUGAAGCGCUCCAAGACUGGAUCCGCCACAACAUGGGAUACAGGUAUCCUUGGCUCUAUGCCAACGACAGGGCUGGUCUCAUCCAUCGACUGGAUGUUCAGACGAGUGGCCCAAUUGUCGUUGCCGGGAGUCCGCGCGCAUUCAGAUCACUUAAGGAGAGCCUCCAUCACCAUACCUUCUACAAGGAGUACAUCGCGCUGAUGCAUGGUGCACUGCCCAUACGGGAGUGCUGUGGCGUGAUGGACUACCCUCUGCUGACUACGCAGGAAAGAGGUGCAGUGGGCUGGCGCACCUGCGUGGAUCCACAGGGCGCGGAAGCCAUGACGCGCUAUGAGGCGAUUGCGGCGUACAAGUACUCCGAAGGCCAUGGGAAAACGCAGCGGUACACGUUAGUCCGCUUGCAGCUCAUCACGGGCAAGACUCAUCAGAUCAGGGUGCACUUGAUGGAGCUCGCCCGCCGAUUGAACUUGAAGACUCAUGGCAUCGUCGGGGACUACAAGUACCUGCCGCCACACAACUUGAAGCUUGAUAAGAGGAUCUGCCGCAGGGUAUUUCUCCACUGUUACCGGCUUCACUUUCCGAUGCCCGACGUCCACGAUCAGGACGCCAAGUGCAGAAUCCGCUGUCCGCUGCCUCCGGAGCUUCAGCAAGCUCUGAAGAUGGUCGACUUCGACAAGAGUCUCACAGCCGCAUACCGGAAACAGAACCAGAAAGGGUCCAUCAUGGAGAUCGACGACCUCAUGGACCAAAGGAAGAGCACCAAUAUUCCGGGCGUGACUGACUACACGGCUCCUUGGGCAUCCAAGCCGAGGCGGUUCUAG